GUGAAGUGGAAAGGGAAGGACCUGUUUGAUCUGGUCUGCAGGACACUAGGACUGCGAGAAACCUGGUUCUUCGGGCUUCAGUACACCAUCAAGGACACGGUGGCCUGGCUCAAAAUGGACAAGAAGGUUCUGGAUCACGAUGUUCCAACGGAGGAACCCGUCACCUUUCACUUCCUGGCCAAAUUUUAUCCAGAGAACGCGGAGGAGGAGCUGGUCCAGGAAAUCACGCAGCACUUGUUCUUCCUGCAGGUGAAGAAGCAGAUUUUGGAUGAGAAGAUCUACUGUCCUCCCGAGGCUUCUGGCCUGCUGGCCUCCUACGCCGUCCAGGCCAAGUACGGCGAUUACGACCCCAACGUCCAUAAGCGAGGCUUCUUGGCGCAAGAGGAGCUGCUUCCCAAGCGGGUGAUAAACCUGUACCAGAUGACUCCAGAGAUGUGGGAGGAGAGGAUCACAGCCUGGUAUGCAGAGCACCGCGGCAGAGCGAGAGAUGAAGCUGAGAUGGAGUAUCUGAAGAUAGCUCAGGACUUGGAGAUGUACGGCGUGAACUAUUUUGCGAUCAGGAAUAAGAAGGGCACCGAACUGCUCCUUGGAGUUGACGCCUUGGGUCUGCACAUUUAUGACCCAGACAACAGGUUGACCCCUAAAAUCUCCUUCCCGUGGAACGAGAUCCGGAAUAUCUCCUACAGCGAUAAAGAGUUUACGAUUAAGCCAUUGGACAAAAAGAUUGAUGUUUUUAAAUUCAAUUCGUCAAAGCUGCGUGUGAACAAGCUGAUUCUGCAGCUGUGCAUUGGGAACCACGACCUCUUCAUGAGGAGGAGGAAGGCGGACUCGCUGGAGGUCCAGCAGAUGAAGGCGCAGGCCAGGGAGGAGAAAGCCAGGAAGCAGAUGGAACGGCAGCGCCUGGCCCGAGAGAAGCAGAUGAGAGAAGAGGCUGAGAGGACGAGGGAUGAGCUGGAGAGGAGAUUGAUGCAGUUGAAGGAAGAGGCGACGAUGGCCAACGAGGCUCUGAUGAGGUCUGAAGAGACGGCAGACCUACUGGCUGAGAAGGCUCAGAUCACGGAGGAGGAGGCGAAGCUCCUGGCUCAGAAAGCAGCCGAGGCCGAACAGGAGAUGCAGCGGAUCAAAGCCACGGCCAUCCGGACGGAGGAGGAGAAGCGGCUGAUGGAACAGAAGGUGCUAGAGGCAGAGAUGUUGGCACUGAAAAUGGCCGAGGAGUCGGAGAGGAGGGCGAAGGAGGCUGAUCAGCUAAAGCAAGACCUUCAGGAGGCUCGCGAGUCUGAGCGGAGAGCGAAGCAGAAGCUUUUGGAGAUCACCAGCAAGUCGUCCUACACA